CCUUUCAGUGUUGUCGAGCCUUGGUGGAAAUAGUAGCUAAUAUACAAUUUGAGCUUCUUGAACCAACACUUAUCUUCGCUAUCCUAUGACAGGUAGACUGUCAGACUGUUACUAAUUUUAGACUCAGUUUGUAAAGAUGUCCGAUUCAAUUGUCUCAUAAAGAUGUUACGAAUCAUUAUGAUGUAGAAGCCUUUUGAAAAUGAAGGCGACAAAAAGUUAUUGUCUGGUGCAUCUUCCAUUACAUAUACCACAUUAUGAGUCAAAUUUAUUUUUACAAUAAAUUGUAUUACAGUAAACUCUGGUUAGGGCUUACAGUCAAUUGUAGCUAUGAUCGCUUUGUGCAAGUGGGUCCUGAACAUUACAGAUGGGAUUGCUGCUGAUCUAUUGUGGCAUGUGCUGGUGCAUAUACAUGAAUCGGCACAGAUGUAUACCAUAUGUGAAUCCUUGUUCUCUUCAUUCUAAACUGGGCGCUAAUAAGAAGAGGGUGAGGGUAAUUAUGUGCAUAUAUGUACAGUAGUUCUCUGUCGCUAGUUCGGCCAUUUUAUUUAUUUAUUUGAUUAUACUCAAGAAUUUGUUCACCACUAAUAGCCGGAGGUGUCCAGUUUUACAUGUAUGGUAGGAGGAAACCUGAUUGACCUUUGGCAAGUUUCUGGCCGACUUGCCCACUUAUGGCAAAUUGUAUUGGUGGUAGGCAAGUAGUUUUCAGGCAAACUUAAAGCCUAAGAUGAGCGCUAUCAAGAACAGUGGAAACAGGGACAAAUUCUAUGACCGAGAAUGGGAUUGAUCUCGUGUCGUCUGAUGUGAUCUGUUGUUGCCAUCAAGAUUAUAGACAAAACACAGCUGAACCCAUCAAGUUUGCAGAAGUUAUUCAGAGAAGUCAGAAUAAUGAAACUUCUAGACCAUCCAAAUAUAGUAAAAUUAUUUGAAGUAGUAGAAACAGAGAAGACCUUAUAUCUGGUGAUGGAAUACGCAAGUGGUGGUGAAGUGUUUGAUUACUUAGUGGCACAUGGCAGGAUGAAAGAAAAAGAGGCUCGUGCCAAAUUCAGACAAAUUGUUUCUGCUGUUCAAUACUGUCAUCAAAAGCACAUAGUUCACAGAGACUUAAAGGCUGAAAACCUUUUGCUAGAUGGAGAUAUGAAUAUCAAAAUAGCAGAUUUUGGUUUCAGCAAUGAGUUUGUUCCUGGCAAUAAACUUGAUACAUUUUGUGGUAGUCCACCCUACGCAGCUCCUGAACUUUUUCAAGGAAAGAAAUAUGAUGGCCCUGAAGUAGAUGUGUGGAGUUUAGGAGUUAUAUUAUAUACACUAGUCAGUGGGUCACUACCAUUUGAUGGUCAGAAUUUAAAGGAACUUCGAGAAAGGGUUUUACGUGGUAAAUACAGAAUACCUUUCUACAUGUCCACAGACUGUGAAAAUUUGUUAAAAAAAUUUUUAGUUUUGAACCCAACAAAAAGAGCCAGUUUAGAGAUUAUUAUGAAGGACAAGUGGAUGAAUAUAGCUUUCGAGGAUGAUGAACUAAAACCAUAUAUAGAGCCCAUACAAGACUUUAGCGACUCUCUACGAAUAGAUAUCAUGGUCAAUAUGGGAUACUCCAGAAAAGAUAUAGAGGACUCCUUAGGCAAGCAAAAGUUUGAUGACAUCCAUGCCACAUACUUACUGUUAGGGAGAAGAACUACAGACCUGGACGGCAGUGACCGGUCAGGAAGCAGCCAAUCAUUGAAAAAUAUACAGACAUCAAACCGACCUAGCAGCGAGCACAAUGCCAACAUGAACCAGUCUCCUAACAAAGUCACACGCAGCCAGUCGGCCACCGGCGGGCAGAAGCACAGGCGGCUAAGUCACGGUGGGGAAUACAAUGGCACGUCAGGCGGGUCUCAUUCAUCAUCAGCGUACCCUCCGAAGCGACAGAACACAGACGCCAGCAGCACAAAAGAGAACGCCUUAUCAGCCCGCAUGAAGACCAGCUCCUCAGGUUCCACUCCACUCGAGUCGCCUAAAGUGGCGCAACAUAUUCCAAUGAUAGACGUCACACAUCGCUCUUCAACUGGUUCUGGUCGCUCCUCUGCAAAGAAGAACAGUGUGCCUUCGGGUCCGAACUCCUCCAAGGCUGGUGUGAUCAGUGGUACAGGGGGGAUCAGUCGUCGGAGAACCUUCAGUCCAGGGGAUACUAAAACACCAUCAAUAGAGAAAACUAGUAGGGUCACCAAUGGACAAGAUUCAAGGAGCCCCCUGAGUAACACAAGCUCUAACAGUAAUGCAACUGGUGACACAUCGUCUGCACGACCAAAGGGGCACGUGAAAUCGGCCAGCUUGUCACAACCUGCCUCCAGAUCAGCUGAGCUGCCGCCUCUUGAAGGAUCUGACAGCAUGCAUCGGCCAACAACUGCCCCAGGGAAGACGGCCGUGCCGGUGUCGCCCGCCACUGCCAACCCUCGCUUCCCCCGAGGGACGGCCAGCCGCAGCACAUUCCACACGACGCGAGACCGCCGCCAGCCGGCCAGCCCGGACAACGGCCCUGGUGGCCUCCCCUCUCACUGCCAGGAUACUUCUGCCAUGGGGGCAGGCCGACCCGGCACAGGAAUCUCUUUCUUCAACAAGCUUACAUCCAAAUUUAGUCGCAGGUCCAUUAAUGAGAAGGAGGGAGAGCAGAUCAAACCUCGGUCAUUGCGCUUCACCUGGAGCAUGAAGACCACCAGUUCUAUGGACCCCAACGAUAUGAUGAAGGAAAUCCGCAAGGUGCUUGAUGCAAAUAACUGUGACUAUGAGCAGCGGGAGAAGUUCUUACUGCUGUGUGUACACGGAGAUCCCAACACGGACAGUUUAGUGCAAUGGGAGAUGGAGGUGUGCAAACUACCUCGCCUCUCCCUGAAUGGGGUACGCUUCAAGAGGAUUUCAGGGACAUCCAUAGGCUUCAAGAACAUUGCUUCAAAGAUAGCCAAUGAAUUGAAACUUUGAUAUCAGCUGAGAGAGGAAGGGGAUGCAAUAGAUGCUGGGGAAGGGCUGGUGUAAAUACAAAGAGUGUAGACCCAUGAUCCCCGAGGGAAGGGUGCUGACCCUGUUUUAGCUGAACUGUCAGAAAACAUCGCUGGUGAUGUAGGUUUUUAUCUUUUGUAUACAACAGUGUUAGUUAACAGAUAUCCUUCCUCAGGGUUGUGGACUAUCAGAGCCUUCCCUCUUUCUCUUUCCCCAAUUGCAGCUCUAACCAUGUACCGAUUUGACCACAUGUUGGGUCUAGAGAAGACAUCAGAAGAGAAAUGAUUGACCGUGAUAAGGCACCCGUAGCUGUCAUUUCAUACUAUACCAAUAGUUUUUUUAUGGUUUUCACAUAACACUCAGUUCAUGUAGGUAAUCUCAUAACAUCUGCUUGAUCAUGUUUUUGUAAUGUUUCACUGAUUAUGCGGAGUUACGCCCUGGGCCAGGCUUCCUCUUGCGGCCACAUACCGCAGGCUUAUACAGGCUGGCGGGCCAGGCCGCACGGCUGAUCAUGCUAGGACGAGCAGCGGCUCACAUUUUAAUCUGGUUUUGUAUAUUGUUUUCCGUUUUUACCUGGCUGAAGGCCAGAGCUUGCCAGCCCAAGUGAAGGCUUCUGUUGCUGAUGUAGAUGUUGGUUGAUACAGACAACAUCAUCGCUGUUCUUGUUUCCUUUCUCAGACGUUUGUGUGUCCUCCACCGAACUAAUAGAAGUUAUCAGUUGUAAUCCAGUUGAAUCAUGUACAUGAAUGUCUUGUUUUCCCUUGUAAAUAAAGAUGCCCAAUAGGGGGCAGUUUUAAAUUAAUCAAUCUUGUAUCAUUUUCUAUGUGCCAGUUUUGAAUUCUCUGUAACGGUAAAGCAUAAAUGUGUAAUUGAUCAGUCCAAAGCACAAAAUGUUACCUCCUCUGGUGUCAGUUGGUACAACACUUCUCUUGCAGCCAAAACAAGAUUUGAAACUGCCUUACUGCAAUUAUUUGCAGUUAGAAUGGCAGUUCAACUUUUUUCAGUGGCAAAUCAUUAUUCUUUACAGUUUUUUUUUUUUGUUUUUUUUUUUUUGUACAUAAGAGAUUGUAAACUUUGUGUUGACCAUUUGGUCUGUACAGAGACUAGAGGCAGAUGACCACAGUUCGUGGCUUCCACUGCCAGUUGUUAACAUACGUGUAAAUGCCCUGUAUGUAAAACCCUAGUAUUU